GAACAAUAGAAAAACGAUUAUUAAACGCAUUUGUGCCAGCGCAGAGGCGAGUUGUCUGUUGACCAGCGAACCUCAAAUAAAAGAACCCGAACAGCAAAAUGGCCAAGUUGCUCCUUGUGAUCGUUGGUGUGGCGGCCCUGGUGGCCGCGGGACAGGCAGCUAGUGGCUCCAGCGAGCAGCUGCAGCGGCUCAUCGCCGAGGAGCAGAGCAAGUGCGCCAGUGGCCAAGACUCGAUGGCCUGCAUCAAAGAGCGGGCCAUGCGGUUCGUGGACAACGUGAUGAGCAAAGACAGCUUCCAGGUUUCCAACCUGGAGGUCCGCUCAAAUGGAGAGAAGACCAUCCCGAUCAACGAAGCUCGUGCCAGCAGUGCCGACGGAUUCCUGGACGCCAUUGAGAACUACAUCCGCGGACACGACGUCAGCAUGGACUUGCCCUUGGCCGAUGCCAAGGUCACCGUCUCGGCCCGCAACCUGGUUAACAAUCAGCUGAGCCUGAACCUCCAGCUGAACGGCGACGAAGGCGAUGAGGGCACCGAUGUCGAAGCCAGGGGUAAGAAGGGCAACAUCUUCAAGAAGGGCAAGAAGCACCGUCUCCGCAAGCUGGCCAUGCCCAUCCUGGUGCUCAUCCUGCUGAAGGCCAUCACGGUGAUCCCCAUGGCCAUUGGCAUCCUGAAGAUUAAGGCCUUCAACGCCCUGGCCCUGGGCUUCUUCUCCUUCAUUGUCUCGGUUGGUUUGGCCAUUUUCCAAUUGUGCAAAAAGAUUGCCCAUGAUCACCAUCACACCGCCCACAUCACCGCACAUGGUCCUUGGGACGGCCGCACCUUUGGCUCCGUUCCUGUCCCCGUUGUUGAGCAGCCCCAGAAGUUGGCCCAAACCCUGGCUUACCAAGCCUACGCUUAGACCACAAGGAGAACCCCAGAGAACCCAGAGAACCCUGAGAAGCCAGAGGAGCAGUUUGAAGCCAACAAGUGGGCUUAAAGCACAGAAUCAUUUGUUAAUUGUUAGGAAUAUUCAGUGUCUUUGGGCCACUUUUGCACACUUCCUGGACUGCACACUUCGUUAGACUUUACUUAUAAUAUUUAUUAUUUAUUUAUUGAAAACAAGAGAUUAAGAAAGCAGAAAAGCAAACACCAAAAUAAAGUAGAAAAAUAAAUGCCUUGAA